AUGGCAUUUGGAGCUGCCCACCUCCAGCUUUGGCUGGGGGCUUUGGUCGUCCUCGGCGCUGUCUACACAACAUGCCUCGUCGUCUACCGUCUCUUCCUCCACCCCCUUGCCAAAUACCCUGGUCCCUUGCUCGCCAAGCUGACCGACGGCUACAUGGCCUACCAUGCCUUCAAGGGUGACCGACAUCUCGAGUUCUGGCGCAUGCACGAGAAAUACGGCAAGUUCGUCCGCUUCGGACCCAACUCGCUCUCCGUCAACUCCAACACCGCCCUCAAGGAAAUCUACGGCUUCAAGGCCAAUGUGCGCAAGGCCGAGUUCUACGACGCCUUCGUCCACCCUGCUCCCAACACCCACAACGCCCGCGACCGCGACUUGCACGCCCGCAAGCGCCGCGUCCUGGCGCACGCCUUCUCCGACUCGGCCGUCAAGGAAGUCGAGCGCUACAUUCUGGCCAACAUCCGCACCUUCUGCGACGCCAUCGGCGACCUUGGCCGUUCCACCGUCACAUCCGGCUUCGCCCUCGCCGACAAGAAGGGCUGGUCCACUCCCAAGAACAUGUCCGACUGGUGCAACUGGCUCGCCAUGGACAUCCUGGGCGAUCUCUGCUUCGGCAAAGCCUUCCACAUGCUCGAAAAGCCCGACAACCGCUACGCCGUCGACCUCGUCUCCGUCGCCGCCCACCGCCACCUCAUCUGCGGCACCAUGCCCAUGCUCGACAAGCUCUCUCUCGACAAGAUCUUCCUCCGCAAGAUCGCCUCCGGCCGUGCCCAAUACAUGGCCUACAGCAGACAACAACUCGCCGAGCGCACCGCUCUAGGCGACGAGACCGACCGCCGCGACUUCUUCUACCACCUCCUCAAGGCCCGCGACCCGGAAACCGGGCAAGGUUUCACGACCCCUGAGCUCUGGGGCGAGUCCAACCUGCUCAUCAUCGCCGGCUCCGACACCACCUCCACCGCCAUGGCCGCCACCCUCUUCUAUCUCGUCCGCAACCCGUCCGCUUUGGCGCGCGUCACCCAAGAAAUCCGCUCCCGCUUCAGCUCAGUAGAAGAUAUCCACCAAGGCCCCGCCCUGCAAUCCUGCACCUACCUGCGUGCUUGCGUCGACGAAGCCAUGCGCCUGUCCCCCUCCGUAGGCGGCCUGCUCCCUCGCGAAGUUUUGCCCGGAGGAAUCACCAUCGACGGCGAACACGUGCCCCAGGGAACCAUCGUCGGCGUCCCUCAUUACACCAUCCACCACAACGCGGCUUAUUACCCGGACCCCUGGUCAUUCACUCCCGAGCGCUGGCUGCCCACUUCCACUUCCUCUGUUGCCACGGAAAAGGGCGUCACGGCCACGGAAGAACAAAUCCAACUAGCCCAAUCGGCCUUCUGCCCUUUCUCCAUCGGCCCGCGCGGGUGCAUCGGCAAGGGACUGGCGUACAUUGAGAUGAGCAUCACGUUGGCGAGGACGCUGUUCUUGUAUGACUUGCGCAGGGCGGUGGGCGUGGAGGAUGCGGCGGAGGGAGGCAAGGAGGGGGCCGAGUAUGGACGGCAUCGGAAGGGGGAGAUGCAGCUUGUUGAUACGUUUACUAGUACCAAGGAUGGGGUCAUGAUUGAGUUUAGGAGGAGGGAUGAUCUUUAG